CAGCUGCCCAGAACCGACCACAGCCGCCGGUUCCUCCGGCUACCUUGCAGAAACCCACAGUCUCAAGAAAGAGGAAUAAAAAGAAAAAAGCCGCCCCAAAGACUGUUGAGCCCCUGACCGUGAAACAGAAACCGGGCACUGUGGAGGACGACAGAAAGUCACUUGCGAAUUCGGGCAGGUUGAGCGUGGAAGGAGCCGAAUCCGCCUUGAAAACGGAGCCGCCGGUUUCAGGAUUCGGCAUCGUGCUCGAAUCUUCGUCUUCGGAUCCAGAAGUUCAGCUUGCUGAAGGUUUUGACGUUUUUAUGCCUAAAUCACAACUGGACUCUAUCUUAGCAAAUUACACUCGCUCAGGAAGUCUCCUCUUUCGAAAACUGGUGUGCGCGUUUUUUGACGACAAGACGUUGGCCAACUCUCUGCCGAACGGCAAAAGGAAAAGGGGCCUCAAUGACAACCGGAAAGGAUUAGACCAAAAUAUUGUGGGUGCAAUAAAAGUGUUCACAGAAAAAUACUGUACUGUAAACCACGUGGAUAAACUCCCUGGCCCCAGGGACUGGGUCCAGAUUCUGCAGGAUCAGAUCAAGCUGGCCAGAAGGCGGUUGAAAAGAGGAUCGGAAACGGCUGAUGGUGAUGAGAAAGUGGACAUUUCUCUGCUAGAGGCAGGUACCCUCCUUGAAGCCACACCUUCUGCGCCAGUGUUUCAUUAGCAUAUUCAAACCUUGGUUUGAGAUGAUGCCAGCAACCUUUCUAGAUUACUUCACUAUCCGUGCUCUCCUGUUUCACGAUCUCCGAUCAAUUUUUUUUUCAUGCUUUUCUAAUGUGGAUAAUAAUUAAGCGACAAAUCACUUUUCCUUUGGAUUUAAUCAAGAUAACUAGAUUUGUUCGUAGAGAGGCUCUAGUGCAAUUAGUCUGGUAACCAAUGUGAUAGGAUGAAUUUUGAUUUUAUGAUGGCAUUUUCCCAUAUAAAUACAUGUGUGGUGGUGAUUCUAGAAAAAAAAGAGAAAUUAAAGUCUCCUCUUAAUCUUACAAAGAGCUCCUAACACCUCCAUUUCGUAUAGUUUUUGUCAUAGGAUCAAAAAUAAAACUUCUAAGACAUUUAAGGAGUCUUAAUUUAAUGAGUUUCUGAGUUGAGUCUUUCCUUCCAUCCCCACAAAGCAAAUUUCUACUUGACUAAAAUUAUUAUUUUUUUCAGAAGCAGAAUUGCUCUCAUUAUAUUUGACCAUAAGAUAUUAAUUAAUAUUUCUUGCGAUGUCACAUUUAAUCCUGAUCAAAUACUCCUUGGAUGCGUACAGGAGUAACAAUUAAUGUAUUUUAUUCCCUCAUUGAUGAACUAAGAACCAUCAACUCUGUGUGCUUAGAUUCCAUUCUCCUUUGUUUUGCUACUUUAUGGGGAUUAGGAAUUGUGAGAACCUUUUGGAAGAUACAACUUUGAGAAGAUUCCUUACACAUUUCCUCUCCUUUUUCCAUCCCUUCAGAGCUGAAAAGAUAUUUGGGGGUUUGUGCUAAUAUUUCUCUUUUCAAACAAAAGCAGGAGUAUGGCUAGCAACUCUCCACUAAUCUUCAAUACACUCCGAUAUCUCAUAAACACCAUCUGAAUUUAUUUGCAUUUUUGUUACUCCCGGUGUCUCCUACGUUCUACAUGAGAAGGUCUCCUCAUAUCUUAGAUCAGAGUGUCCAACCUUGGCCACUUUUAAGACCUGUGGACUUCAAUUCCCAGAAUUCCCCAGCCAGCCUUGCAAGGCUAGCUGGAGAAUUCUGGGAGUUGAAGUCCACAGGUCUUAAAACAGCCAAGGUUAGACACCCAUUUUACAUGAAGGGUUAAUGCCACAUACAUGACAAAUUCAUUGAUACUGUCAUAAACAUCUCUAGCAGAGUCUAACGGUGUGUUUAGGAAUCCUCUUCUUCAGCUUGCUAAAAAUAAUCAUUUCUGCAGUUCAAUAAUGUUUUUAAAUAAAUUUUUAAACUGAAUGCAGUACAAACAACUUACCACUGAAACAUGGCUGUCUUUCCUUGAUGCCUUGACCAACCUGGGCUAGUGCUGUGGUCUGUAAGGAUCCCACAUCCUCUUUUUGAGGCCGAGGGGAUUUUCUUCCACAAAUGAAAUUUCUUGGUCUUUUCCAUAAAUCUACAAACAAAUCAUACGUAUUGUAACCAUUAACCCACAAUCAGCAGUCUUACGAAUCUUUAAAAACAAUUGUACUUGUGUUGGCUUUAACUGUGACUACUAUUAAAACCUUUUUCCAGGCGUCUUUUUUAAUAGGUUUUAUUAGAAAAAAUAUCAUCCCAUAUUUAGGUAAAAGUCUCAAUCUUAUGUAUAUAUGUUUUAUUAAUAUGUACAUAUUUAGCUAUUUUUUAAAUUACUAUGUUCUUAAUAAAACCAACAAGGGACUAGUUGUGAAAUGGUGCAUUAAGAUUGUGUCGUGUUAUCAAUCUCUGGGAAUCUUUGUCAAGUUCAACAAAAUAAUAAUAAUAAUAAUAAAUUACUUUAAUUUAA